AUGUUGAGAUUUUUGGGAGCAAUUGCUGCAACCGCCGUGGCCGUUCAGGCUCACGGCGACCAUGACCAGGAGCCUCUAGAGGGACCUCAUAAGAGCCUGUGGUACAACACGCUUCCAGGUGACGGAGGCACCCAAGCCGAUUCCGUCUUCUCUGGCAUUUCGACUUUCGGACGUCUUCCAUACAGCCCUUGCCUGUCGACCGACGAUGUCAAAUACGACAUUGCAUUCAUCGGUGCACCUUUCGAUACCGGCACCUCGUACAGACCAGGAGCAAGAUUCGGUCCUUCGGGCAUUCGACAAGGUAGUCGGAGACUGAACCUCUACGGCGGAUACAACGUCCCUCUCGAUACGAAUCCUUUCGAUAGCUGGGCUAAGGUUAUUGAUUGUGGUGACAUUCCGGUGACUUCAUAUGAUAAUGUUUGGGCCUUGCACCAGAUUGAGGAAGGCCACAAUAGCAUUCUCAUGCGUGAGCCCGCUACCGAUGCGAAAGAGAAGGGUAUCUCCAAGCAUGGAAAGACUUUGCCUCGUGUGAUCACCUUGGGCGGUGACCAUACUAUCACGCUUCCACUGCUGAGAAGCAUGAACCGUGCCUAUGGCCCGAUCACGGUCAUCCACUUUGACUCUCAUCUUGAUACCUGGAGGCCAAAGGUUUUCGGCGGUGCGCCAUCCAAGUCUGCCAGCAUCAACCACGGCACAUACUUCUUCCACGCUGCUCAAGAGGGACUGCUCAGAAAUGAUACGAAUAUCCAUGCUGGAAUUCGUACCACAUUGAGUGGCCUGUCCGACUACGACAACGAUGGAUAUUGCGGCUUCCAGAUCGUUGAGGCCCGUGAGAUCGAUACCAUUGGUACUGAAGGCAUCAUCAAGAAGAUCCAUGAACGUGUUGGACACAAAAAUCCAGUGUACUUGAGUAUCGAUAUCGAUACCUUGGAUCCGGCGUUCGCUCCGGCAACAGGAACCCCAGAGACGGGAGGCUGGUCGACCAGAGAACUCCGAACCAUUAUGCGGGGCCUGAAGGGCAUCAACCUCGUAGCAGCAGAUAUCGUCGAGGUUGCUCCUGCAUACGAUACGAACGCUGAACAUACAACUAUGGCCGCGGCUGACACUCUGUACGAGGUAAUGAGUCUGAUGGUGAUGAAUGGACCAUUGACUGUUGCCAAGAACGGAGAGGAAAGGAAGCAGGACUUGUAA